UUCUGACAUGCAAUGAUGGGGUCCUUUAAGAAUUUUAUCUUCAUUUUGACCUUGUACCUACUACGGGGGGCAACUGCUUCCCUCAUUCAGCUGAAUAACAAUGGCUAUGAAAAUAUCAUCAUUGCAAUUGACCAAAAUCUGCCAGAAGAUGAUAAACUUAUUCAACACAUAAAGGACAUGGUGUCAAAGGCUUCAAAUUCCCUGUAUGAGGCCACAGAAAAAAGAUUUUAUUUCAAAGGAGUCUCCAUCUUAAUUCCUAAGACGUGGCAGACAAAACCAGACUAUGAGAAACCAAAACUUGAGACAUACAACAAUGCAGAUAUCUUCAUUGAAGUCCCUAAUGCUCCAGGCAAUGACCGUCCACGAACUCAGCAAAAUGGACUGUGUGGAGAGAUGGGAGAGAGAAUUUAUUUAACUCCUGACGUCAUAUUGGGGAAAAAGUUGAAUGAAUAUGGACCACCAGAAAAAAUCUUAGUUCACGAAUGGGCCCAUUUGCGGUGGGGAGUGUUUGAGGAAUACAAUACAGAGGAACCUUUCUACAAGCUUAAUGGAAAAAAUGUACCAGUAAAAUGUUCUGAUGCUAUCACUGGUACAAAUAAGGUAACCACAUGUUCUGGAGGGAGCUGUGCUACCAGAUCAUGCAGGACAGAUCCAAAAACAGGAAAGUUUCAACAAGGCUGUGUAUUCAUACCUGACAGAGUUCAGACAGCGAAAGCCUCCAUCAUGUUCAUGCAAAGCAUUGAUUCUGUGGUUGAAUUUUGUAGAAAAGAGAACCAUAACAAAGAUGCUCCAAAUGCUCAAAACCAGAAGUGCAACCUCCGGAGCACAUGGGAAGUAAUCCAAGAUUCAGAAGACUACAAGACAUCCACUCCUAUGACAGCAGCACAACCACCAAAACCCAGUUUCUCAUUAAAGCAGAUCAGAGAAAGAAUCUUGUGCUUAGUUCUGGAUAAGUCUGGAAGCAUGGCGGGUGGGGACCGGCUAAACCGACUGAAACAAGCCUCAAAACUCUUCCUGCUUCAAAUCAUUGAAAAAGGAUCCUGGGUUGGAAUGAUCACAUUUGACAGUGCAGCCACUAUUCAAAGUGACCUGGUACAGAUAGAGACCGAUGCUCAGAGGAACACACUCAUUACAAAGUUACCUGGUGUUGCUUCCGGAGGAACAUCCAUCUGUUCUGGACUCAGAGCAGCAUUUACGUCAAUCAGAAAGAAAUUCUCAACUGAUGGUUCAGAGAUUGUCCUUCUGACUGAUGGAGAAGACAGUACUAUCAACACAUGUUUUGAUGAAGUAAGACAAAGUGGAGCCAUUAUCCACACGGUCGCUUUGGGACCUUCUGCAGACAAAGGCCUGGAGGAGCUGUCAAAGAUGACAGGUGGUUUGCAGACUGCUGCUACGGACAAUGCCCAAAACAAUGGGCUCAUUGAUGCCUUCAGUGCCCUCUCAUCAGGAAAUGGAAUGAUCACCCAAAGAUCCAUCCAGCUUGAGAGUAAGGGAGCCACUCUAAAGGAUGGGGAGUGGAUGAAUGGCACAGUUAUUGUUGACAGCACAGUAGGCAAUGACACUCUAUUUCUUGUCACGUGGACAACAAAACAACCCCAAAUGUCUGUCUCUGAUCCCAGUGGGAAAGCAUACACCACUUUUUCAGUGGAUACAAAUUCCAAAAUGGCACACUUACAAAUACCAGACACUGCCAAGGUUGGAAUUUGGACUUACAGUCUUAAGUCAAGUGCACAGACACUAACUCUGACUGUCACAUCUCGUGCUGCAAAUCCUACUAUACCCCCCAUUACAGUGGAUUCUAAAAUGAAUCAAGACACCAGUAGCUUUCCUAAUCCAAUGGUUGUUUAUGCAGAAGUUCGCCAAGGAUCCCUGCCUAUUAUAGGAGCCACUGUAACAGCUCUCAUUGAAUCAGCUGAUGGAACAACAGUGACUCUGGAUCUUCUGGAUAAUGGUGCAGGAGCUGAUGCUUCCAAGAAUGACGGCGUCUACUCAAGGUAUUUCACAGCCUAUAAAACAAAUGGUCGAUACAGCUUAAAAGUGAGAGCCUUGGGAGGAACAAACACCCAAAGGUCAAGACCUCAAGUGAAUGGAGCAUUAUAUGUACCAGGAUGGGUAGAGAAUGGAGAAGUAAAAAUGAAUCCACCAAGACCAGAAUUUGAUGUCAACGAUCUUCAAGGCAAGCAAGUGUGUUUCAGCAGAACAUCCUCAGGAGGUUCAUUUGUAGCAACCAAUAUUCCAAGUGGAUCCAUUCAAGAUGUCUUCCCACCAUGUCAAAUCACUGACCUCAAGGCUCAGAUGGAAGGAGAUCGCAUUAAUCUGACAUGGACAGCUCCUGGAGAUGACUAUGAUUAUGGACGAGCUCAACAGUAUAUCAUACGAAUAAGUGAAAGUAUCCUUGAUCUGCGUGAUAAAUUUGAUGAUGCUCUCCAAGUGAACACUACUGACCUGAUACCUGAGGAAGCCAACUCCCAGGAAUUCUUUAUGUUUGAGCCAAAAGACAUCAAUCUGGUAAAUGGUACCAACAUCUAUAUUGCCAUUCAGGCUGUUGAUAAAGCGAAUCUGAAGUCCAAAUUAUCCAACAUUGCACAAGUAUCUGUAUUUAUACCUCCAGAGGUCGAGACCCCUUGUACUGGCAGUCAUAUCUUUAAAAUAAUGUUGAAGUGGCUGGGUGAGCUGCAGCUGACAAUACCCAAGUAAAAGGCCUAAUUUAUCCAGAUCUGAAGCUCAAGUCUUUUGCAAUAAACACAAAAUCCAAUUUUUUUUCUCAAUUUGUCUCACCUCAUUCAUUUUAUUCUUAAUUAUAAAUGUUUAUCAGAUUUUUCAUGAUUUCUGAAUAAGAAGGAUACACUGAUGUGUGGAUAAUUAAACACAAAACAUCUGGCUAUGCAUGUGAAAGAACUAUUUAGUCAAGUGGAUAAUUAUCACUUUUAAAUUCACUAUUCCAUAUACUGACAAAUAAAGGCAACGGAUUUAAUAUUUUUAAAAAA